UUAAGAGGGCGUAGGGAACCAGCCUCGAUCCUCUAACCCUCCCGGAAAUCUCCCCAACCUUGGAUCAACUAGUUUAUCUCCACAUUGUCCUUGCCAACCUCCUUCUCUCGCGCGACCCCUCCUCUCCUCGUUUUUCCUUUUCCCUCCCUCCCGUCUUUUUCUCCCUCCCUCCUGGCCUCCCCACUUCUCCUGCGCCUCCUCCUCCUCCUCCCAUCUCCCACGGUCAUAGCUCUCUCUCUCCAACAGAGGCACCUGCUUCGAGCUCACUUCUCCUCGGUGAUCCACUGCGGACUUCUGGUGCCUGCUCCGCUCUUGGGGACCUGGUCCUUCCUUCUGGUUCUCACUGCCAACUGCCCCCCGGUUCCGGGAGCACCCGCACACCCCCAAGGUCCCAGCGCCUCCUCCGCCCCGCCCCUCCCCCAUCUCCUAGCUGUCUUUUCUAACUGGUCUCCUGUUCUGCUAGCCAUGGACUGGGGCUUGAUCAUCGUUGCUUGGGUCAGCCUGCUUAAGAAACCGAGAUUUCCGUUCUGAGGCUGAGCAGUGUUGGCUGGUGGAGUCACGAAAGGGGUUGGGGGGGCGGCGACGGGCAGAAAAAGCGAGAGGAGAAAAAAGCAGAAAGAGGAGAGGAAGAGAAGGCAAAGAGCCCGGCUCUUGAGUGGCUCCCUAGUGCCAGUGGUUCUCAGCGCCUACUGCGGGGUAGCCCAGCGACCGGAGUUCAUAACGCUGUGCUUGAGACCCCCGCGCUGCUGCCGACUCACCCCGCCUCCUCCCGGCUAGCCCGAGCCGAGAGGCAUUGGGGGAUGGGUCCUGGCGCGGUGCCCGGGACCCCUGCCUCGCUGGCGGAUACUGAAUCGCGGAUCUUCCGGAGCCGAGUGAAAUCCGCUUCCCCAUCCGACUAACUCGCUUUAGGGAUCGAGCUACAGAAACAGCCAGCCAGAAGGGCAGACAGGCGGGCGGACAGACGGACCGGCACUGGCAGCGCACCGGCGCGCACACACACCCUCGGGCGACCGGCGCCUCCCAUCCUGUGGAAUUUAUCCUUCCUCCCAUCCUAGCACACCAGCCCCUCCCCCGUGCUUCGCCCUUUCUCCCGCUCUCCCGAAAAUAAAACAGAAGGGGUUGAUUGGUGGCUUUGGGUGGCGGUGGGGAGAGGAGGCAAGCCACCUUCGCCCAAGCUGGACCAGGGUCCGAGCCGGUCGGGGGGCCAUGGAUUUGGAGAUGUCCUAGCCGCGCCCGGCGCCUACAUCCGCUUGUCCCCUCGGCCCGCUCUCCAAACUCUCCCCACGUGAAAUGGAACAGCGGGGACCGAUCAGCGCCCUCCGAUACCUGCUGCUGCAUGCCCCGCUGCUCCUCAUAGCCAACGCUACAUUCACCGAAGUCCCCAAAGAUGUGACUGUUAGGGAGGGAGAAGAUAUUGAGAUGCCCUGUGCUUUUCGGGCGAGUGGAUCAACCUCCUACUCGUUGGAGAUCCAGUGGUGGUAUCUUAAAGACCCGCCCCGGGAGCUGGCCCACGAAUUAGCGCUCAGUGCCCCAGGCAGCAGAAACAAGGUAACAAAUAAGGAUGCAACCAAAAUCAGCACGGUGCGGGUACAGGGCAAUGACAUCUCGCACAGGCUGCGGCUGUCGGCCGUGCGGCGGCAGGACGAAGGCGUGUACGAAUGCCGGGUGUCGGACUACAGCGACGACGAGACGCAGGAGCACAAGGCCCAGGCGCUGCUGCGGGUGCUGUCGCGCUUCGCGCCGCCGGACAUGCAGGCCGCCGAGGCCGUGUCUCACAUCCAGAGCAGCGGCCCGCGCCGCCACGGGGCCGCCGGGCGGGCCACCUCCGAGCCUGGCCGCGACAAGCGGCCCCCGGGGCGAGCCGGGGCCGCCAACGCCGCCGCGCCAGCGGAAGCAGCAGCAGCGGGCGCAGCAGCCGCAGGAUCAGCGGCGGGAGCCGACAGCGAGGCUGCAGCGGCCUCCGCAGCCAACAACGCCGCCGCCACCACCCCAGCUGCAGCCGCUGCCGCGGCCACCGCCGCCUCCUCGGCCUCGCCUCCGCCGGGCAGGGCGGUCAUCCUCCGCCAGAGGCAUGGCUCGGGUACGGGACCUAUUUAUGCUACAGACCCAUUCCUAUACAUGUUCCUGUUAGCACUGCAUAAGCUUAUACACUUGUUAGUAAACCACUGAUGGACCUCUAAUACUCCUCAGCCAAACACAAAAUGAACCUAUUUCAGUCCUUGGUAAGAACUUCUGUGUCCCACAGACAGACAGAGAAAGACUGAGAGAAGCAUGAAAAAUUCUACAUGGGAAAAAAAAUCAUAUUUUUUGGGGAAGUUACACAAAGUAGACCACCUAAAAUAAACACAUCUAGUUUCCAAAUAAGAUGAUGUGUAAGCCUGCUCUAUGCACGGCUUCAAUGAUUUCUCUACUUCAAUGUCAUUUUCUGUUCUAAACUCUUCCUCCGAUUCUUCAUUUUGCACGAACUGUUGAGCAGUUAUCUUUAUGACAAUAUGUAAAAAUGUGGGGUCCAAACCUUUCAGAUGAAGGGGACUAUUUUUAGUAGAUGAUUGUGUUUUGUUUUGGGGUUUUUUGUUUUGUUUUGUUUUGUUUGGAUUUCCCCUUUCUGUUGAGAUUUUUCUUUUUGGAUUAUUCAAGUAAAUUAUUUCUUUGGAGACAUUUUGAUUAAAAAAGGCACAUCUUAUCAUAAUUAAUAUUCACUGUCAAUAAUAUUUAUUUUUAAAUAAAGAUUGGAAACAAGGUAAGACAUUUGUUUAUAAACUGUAUUGUAUAUUGCUGAAUAACAGUUGAAUAAAA